UGGAAGUUAAGCUUAAGCUUAGUAAGUACCUGGGUACCUAACCAAAACCAAUGCAAACCCACCCACUUCGCCGAUUUUCAAGAUCGCGAACUUCACAAAACAGCUUCCAACACUUACUUAUACCCCCGCCCGCACCGAUCAAUUGGGCGCAUCGCCACAGACAUAUAAAUCCAAUCUGGCUCUCCUUCUCUCCAUAUCCCAUCGAAGAGACAAUCACCCACGAUGCAGCCCACCCAAGCGCUCCUAAAGCGCUACCGCAAGCUCCCUCUAACAACCAAAGAUAUCAAGAAGGGCUUCUACAAGGGCACGCGAACAGGCAGCAUGGGCCAGCACACCAAGUUCGGAGGGUACGUCAUCGACUGGGACAAGGUGCGGACGUACGUCGUGCCCGCAGGGCUUGAGGCUUUCAAGUUAACGCCGUUCAUCACGAGCAGGAUCCGCCCGACGAGAGGUCGGUACGAAGGCUACCGCAUGGGCCCUAAGAGCCCAGAGCUAUACCUGGAGCGGUGGAAGGCAGAGAAUGGGUUGGACUGAGUGGUCUAUCGCCUGAAAGAAACAAAACUUUGAAAUAAAAUAAAACGGUUACUUAUACAGGCUGACCAGGAGGGCCUAAACGGUAGAGACGUGCUUACGACUUACGGUUAAGACUGAUCGAACCCCAAAUCGCCAUAGUUACCUACCUAUGGAUAUGGAUAUAGGUAUGGUGGUGGUUGACGAGUCUUCGUGCUCUUCGACUUAUACAGUACGAAAGUCAUGGUGAUAUUAGGCCGAAAUUACAUGUAAAAUCCGUACCGUAUAAAUCACAUACACCCACAUAUCUAUAAAGCACAUACCGCGAUUAUUUCAAAUUGAAAGUUCAAGUUCAAGUCC